AUGCUCCGCAGUGAUCCCGUUGUGCCUUCUACCAGUGGAGUGGAAUCAUUCAGAACACGAUUGGCAGCCUACUUACCCCAACUCAUUCCUCAUGCACCACCACUCAUUCGGGGCUAUGGGGAUUUGCCGUUCUUUCACCCGUGUCAUCUGAGCAAACGAGAUACGGCACAGCGGAAUGGCAGUCUAGAAUCCAAUCAGGCCAGCUUACCCACUGUGCGGUUGUCCAUUCCACGUGAUUCGAUCGGGGCUCGAUCACAAGAUAUUCCUAUCAGCAAUUUCCAGUGGCUUUUGAAUAAAAAGUUUACUUGUGUUUUUAUGUGGUUCGGCGUGAUCUGCUUGAUUGUCGGAAUCAUCGCCCUGCAAAUCGCCAGCUUUUUUCGACACAAGAGAUCGUAA